AUACAAAAUAUUCCUUAUAGGAGCUUUAUUUUGAUCGAUUAGUUUGUAUUACGCCUAUAUGCUAUAGUGGUCCGAUCUGACCAAUUUCAUCGGAUAUUGUGAUUUCGAUUGAUUUAAAAUAGCUGAUCACAAUUAAAAAGAUGGCUGAAAUGAUGGACGCUAAGUUAAAAAAGGAUAAAAUAAGGCGGCGGGAAAAACCUAAUAAGAAAUGGACAGAAGAAGAAGUGGGACAAGUUCCUAACUAUUUGCAGGGGCAUCCGUCGUUUGAAAUGCCUUCUGCACAAAUUUUUUACAAAAAAUUACUAUUAGAAACAGGAAUCUCAGCAGAUUGGAAUUUAGUUCGGUGGAAAGUACGCAACAUGCGCACCGCAUACAACAAAACAGAGCAGUGGAGAAAUGGGACAGGCGCCGGCCUGUUAGAGGAACAAGGUAUCGAAAGUAUUGAUCAAAAAACUGAGCAAGAUGUGUCCCCAUUAUAAGCGAUUGCAGAGCAUAUUUUUUAAGAGCAAAUCGGCAGAUUCGAUACAGUACGUGUUCCAGUCCGAAGAUGGUACAACUAAUCAUGGUGAAUGUGAAAUUAUUCAGCAG